UAAAAAAUAAAUACAAAUGAAUAAAUAUUAACCUCAGUCUUAAAUUCCAGGACUUCCCAGUACCCGAGCCUAAGCCGAGUGCGUCCUGAUGCAGCGCGAUGCCAACCUCCUGCUCUGCGCGAGACUGUAGGAGCAGGAAGACUGGGGACUGCAAGCUCACCUUCCACAUCUUCCCCAAAGACCCUGAGCUGCAGAAGAGAUGGAUUACCGUCACUGGCCGCAAGAACUGGACGCCAGGUCGCUACGGCAGGCUAUGCUCUCAGCACUUUGAGGAGAAGUGUUUUGACCGCACCGGCCAGACCACCAGACUCAGGGCCGGGGCACUGCCAACCAUCGGGAAAUAUGUCCCCAGGAACAGAAAGCAGCUGUUCCUGUAUGGCGACCCCUGGGAGGAGAUACUGAAAUCCACAGCGAGCCCAGCGCCGCCAGCCAAGGUGGACGUCAACACGCUCUGCGGCAGACAGCUGAGAGGGCGACUUAUUCCGCCAGCCGAUAAGGACGCCCUGGAGAAUGGAGGUGACCAUGACCCAGAUGACCCUCCGUCCUGUGAACCAGAUGGGGAGGGCAAGGAGGUGGGGGAGGAGGCUGCAGCAGACACUCCACCGACAGCCCCCUUGGACCACUUCUACUGCUGCACCCAGACCGAGAUGGACGCCCUGCUGCGGAGGAGUGAGCUGAAGAUACAAUACUUUAAGAUGAAGCUGGACUACCUGGGCAACCCCGACAGAGAUGUGAAGGACAAGCCGCCCCCAUGGCCACAAUUCUGCCGCACGUCCCAGCUGGCGGCCGAGAAAGAGGCCAAGGAGCAGGAGGGCAAGGCCGCCACCACACCACCGCCACAGCAGCCGCCAGCCGCCGCCAACAACCACCGCCACAACACCAACUCCGAGGCCUUGAUAGAAAGUGAUCGACAGCUGAGGGAGAAGAUGAGGGAGGCCGCAGAUCUCCGCCGGCAGAUCAAGACGCUGCAGCAGAAGGCGCGCAGAUCGAGAAAAGGUUCCAAAAUUACCAAAAAAAGUUUGGAAGGUGCCAAGGCCAAGUUCAUUCGCUGUGUGGUCAUGAUCGAACCCACCAAUAAGAAACUAGGGAGGAAGAAGAAGAAGAAGAAGAAGAAGAAGAAGAAGAAUGACACAACAGCACCUCGGAAGAAUGGGGAGGAGGAGGCGGAGGACGAGGAGGAAGAGGAAGAAGAGGAGGAGGAGGAGGAGGAGGAGGAGAUGGCUGAGGAGGCUGCAGAUUCUCCCCCUGAGGCAGAACGGAUCUCCUCCCUCCAGGACUCCAUUCUCUCACACACGGCAUCGCUUGUGGUGGGCCAGAAUGGACUGCUGAACGAGAGAGAUGAACAGAUACAAGAGCUCAAGGAACAGCUGAAACUCGUCGAACAGGAAAACAAGAAGCUGGCCAAACAGAAAGAGAAGCUCCUGACAUCCACCAAAGAGAAGGAGAGAAGGAGAAACCAGCAAAUCCACCAUCUCCAGGAGGUCAUAGAGAUGCUGAAGGAGAGAUGCCCGGAAUACUCCAACCAACAAGACCCAGACCGAGCCCCCAGACACUGUUCCCUGUGCUACGCCCCCACACUACGACGCUGCCAUAGGGUGCCGGAACACUGGGCCUCGGACGUGACGGAGGGCCAGGUGUCGGUGCCCUUCGUCCAGCAUAGGCCUCCACAGUGCCAUUCCUACCCUCCACCACGGCUUAAGUCCCUGGCACUCCCGGCGCUGAAGUUCCAUAGAUGUCCCUGGCUCAGUAAGGGGUCGGUGAGGUGCCAGGAGUGCCGGGCGUUUGGGUACACAGGGAGGGGGUACAGAAGGACGGCAUUGCUGGUGGGGUGUUGAUGACUGCACUGUUGAUGAAGGUGUCCGAGUCUUCAGGCUGUCGAGAGCAACCUUCAGAGCUGCCCCUUCCCUCACCACCACCACCUCCACCACCACCACCACCACCACCUCAACCACCUCCUCCACCACCACCACCACCACUCUCAUAUGGAGUAUGCAUCUCAUGUGUGGGGGGGCUCCACUCACACAGCUCUCCUGGACAGAGUGGAGUCUAAGGCUCCUCGUCUCAUCAGCUCUCCUCCUCAUACUGAUAGUCUUCUACCUCUUAAAUUCUGCUGCCAUGUUGCUUCUUUUUCUAUCUUCUAUCAAUAUUUUCAUGCUGACUGUUCUUCUGAACUUGCUAAUUGCAUGCCUUCCCCCUUCCCGCGGCCCUGCUGCACACGACUUUCUACUCAUGCUCAUCCCUAUACUGUCCAAACUCCUUAUACAAGAGUUAACCAGCUUCUCCAUUCUUUCAUCCUCUUCACUGGUAAACUCUGGAACAGCCUUCCUUCGUCUGUAUUUCCUCCUGCCUAUGACUUGACCUCUUUCAGGAGGAGUGUAUCAAGACACCUCUCCACCCAAAAUUGACCUCUCUUUUGGCCGCUUUUUACUUUUUACUUUUGUGGGAGCGGCGAGUUGCGGGCUUUUUUUUUGUACUCUUUUUGAUGCCCUUGAGCCGUGUCCUUUGAUGUAAUGAAAAAAAAAUUCCAUUCCUUUCUUUCUCCUUUCCUUACAUUAUCUUCCUUUCCCUUCUUUUUCUUUUCCUUUCCUUCCCUUUCAUUCAUUUCCUUUCCAUUCACUUUCUUCUCCUUUCCUUCCUUUCCAUUCCUUCCUUCUUCUUCUCCUUUCCUUCCCUUCCAUUCCUUUUAUUCCUUUCCCUACCAAAUGAGCCUCAAAAAAUCCAAAUUGACAUAUGUUUUAUUUUUUAUUUAUUUACUUUUUUUGUGUGUGUGUGCUGUAGGUAAUUCUUCAAGAUCUUAACCAUACCCAGAGCACAUAAAAAACUCUAUUGUAUCACUGUCAAUUUGAGUUAUCCUCGUCCCUUUUGGUAACAGUACGGUGCCUGUGGUGAGGGCAGCCACACUGCUCGCAUUGUGUGACUGGUUAUUACUGCUGCAACACUUAAGACCUUGAAUGUGUUUAUAAGGUAGUGAGGUGGCCUAGUAAUGACAGUGUGGGUGUAUGUGUGCAAUUCACCUCUUGGUCUGCUGUGGGUCUCUCUGGAGGCAGCCAGCCAGCCGUUCCCCUACGGAAGAGCACAGAGCUCAUAGUACCGAUCUUUGGGUAGGACUGAGACCACUCUCACACGACACACCACGACACCGAGGUCACAACUCCUUGCCUGACGUUGCAUAC